CAACCAAUCUCAAUCCUAACCGUUGGAUGAUCAGAUAAAAUCAAAAUUAAAAAACCCAUCCCCUUCAGGCCUUCACCCUCUCUCUCUCACUCGCUCACUGUGAAACGAAGAGAAGAAGAAAGAGAGGGGGAGCGCGAAAGGGAAACAAAAAGAAGAGAAGAGUUGGUUGGAAUGGAUCCAGACCAAGUAGCAAAGGCGUUUGUUGAGCACUACUAUUCUACGUUCGAUGCGAACAGAGCUGGAUUAGCGAAUCUGUAUCAAGACGGUUCCAUGCUUACUUUUGAAGGUCAAAAGACGCAGGGAUCCCAGAAUAUCGUUGCUAAACUUAUCGCUCUCCCUUUCCAGCAGUGCAAGCAUCUCAUCACCACCGUUGAUUGCCAGCCUUCUGGUCCUGCUGGUGGUAUGCUUGUUUUUGUCUCCGGUAAUCUCCAGCUCGCCGGCGAACAGCAUGCUCUCAAGUUCAGCCAGAUGUUCCAUUUAAUGCCAACUCCACAGGGAAGCUUUUACGUGUUCAAUGACAUAUUCAGGUUGAACUAUGCUUGAAGACAAGAAUGGUCACUCCAAAUCUAAUUUGCUCAUAAUGUCCAGGAUUAAACAUCUUUCAUUAUAUCUGUUCAGUUCUAGGCAUUUUAAAUGAAGACUGGGAUUUUGGUUGGUUUUAUUUAAUGUUACGUUGUUCCCAAAGUUUAUAGAUUGCAAUAUUGUGGCUGGUUGAAUUGGUAAAAGAUACUUUGUUGGAUUACUGUUUAAAGAAACUGGUGUUGGAGAUUUCAAAACAUUAUCCGAAAAAUUGAAUUCUAAACUUCAUGGUUCGGUGUUUCA